AUGACAUUCAUAGCAAAGACUUUUUACGACCUGCAAGCGACUAAACUGGAAGGGGAAACAUUAGAUUUUAAUAUUUUCCGAGGAAGAGUCAUUCUUAUUGAGAAUGUGGCAUCACUUUGAGGGACAACCACCCAGGACUACAGCCAGCUCAAUGAGCUCCAGAGCAGAUAUCCUCACCGACUUGUGGUCCUGGGCUUUCCCUGUAACCAGUUUGGAUAUCAGGAGAACUGCUCUAAUGCAGAAAUUCUGAAUUCAUUGAAGUAUGUACGUCCGGGUGAAGGGUUUCAGCCCACAUUUUCCAUUUUGGAGAAGUGUGAUGUAAACGGAAAAGAUGCACAUCCAGUCUUUUCCUACUUGAAAGACAAGCUUCCUUAUCCAGAUGAUGACCCUAUAUCAUUUAUGCAGAACCCUAAAUAUCUAACCUGGAACCCUAUAAGUCGGAAUGAUAUUUCAUGGAAUUUUGAAAAGUUUCUAAUUGGACCAGAGGGUGAGCCCUUUAAAAGAUACAGUAGAAAGUUCAACACUAUUGAUAUUGAACCAGACAUCCAAAGACUGCUAAAGCUGACUAAAAACGAAUCAAAACAUGCUAGUGAUCAUUAA